UUUCAAUGUUGUGUUACUUUUCCUUAACACAAAUAUGUCGCUCUCCCCUGUAGCCAUCAAAGAAGCAAAUCAUCACAUUCAAGGUUUGGUGAGUCGUGUUCACGAGCUGGAAGAACAAGUUAAAGAACUCUCUGCAGCUCUGAAGAAACAAAAUGAAGUACAUGCCGAGAACUUGAGGGUUCUUCCGCUGCGAAUGAAUCAAACAUUGAGACAAAAAGAUGAAGAAAUACAAGAGCUAAAACAGAAACUUAAAUCUUCGGAGGCAGUCAGAGAAAGGCUCGUUCGAGAGACUAAUUCCCGCGAAGCUUCGUUAGAGCACCUGAAGAAUCGUUCCCGAGUUUUGGGCGAGAUCUGCAAGCAUCGUGAAGCAUUUGAGAGUAUUUUGAGUUGUUUGAGUUUAAUAGAAGAUCCUGAUAAUAGCUCGGGUAAAAUAUCAGAAAAUAGCAUCCCCAGAGAAACAGAUUUACUGGACAGUUACGAAGAAGACGAAGAUAUUAAUGGAAAUGAUCGGAACGGGAAAAUUUUUGACAGCGGAAUUGGAUCACGUAAUUCCUCGUUUUAUUAUGAAAAUGAUGCACACGAGAAAGGGAUGCUGCGGGAAGAAAAUUCCUCAGGAGGUGCUUUUCAACAAGAUGAAGAAAAUCCACCUCCUUGUUUUGUAUGAUGGCCAAACGAUAUGACUAAUUUGAGG